CAUAAAAAAAAAAAAAUGAGGCUUUGUUAUAGAAUAGCUAUAACCUCAUCAGUGCAACAAACUACUUCUACUACUGCGCCCUUAUUAUUACCUCCUUAUUCUUCUGAUCAUAUUUCUUCUUUUACGUGUUUCGCAAUCAAAAACGACACCACUUCACUACUGAAAAUGCAGACUCAAAAAAUGACAACGUUGACCGAAAAUGACGCCUUUUAUAAUUGUCAUUUGUGCCCACCAAAACUGGGAAAGAAGUGGAGAGAGUACCAAGGUUGCAACGACUGGGAGGGCUUGCUCGACCCUCUACACCAUGCUAUGCGUUGUGAGAUUCUAAGGUACGGACAGUUUGUAGACGCGGCUUACCGUGCUUUUGACUUUGACCCCACUUCUUCUUCUUAUGCCACGUGUCGGUUUUCCAAAAAUGUGCUCCUCACUCGGACCGGGUUUGGUUCGACCGGGUAUCGGGUCACCAAGCACUUGCAUGCCACGUGUGGAGUCCAAACGCCAGGUUGGAUUGAUAGGCUGCCUAGCUGGAUGUCUAUUAAGUCUAGUUGGAUUGGUUACGUGGCAGUUUGUCAAGACAAGGAUGAGAUUAGUCGUCUUGGUCGUAGAGAUGUUGUGAUCGCCUUACGUGGCACUGCCACGUGUUUGGAGUGGCUAGAGAAUUUGCACACCACAUUGACUGAUUUGCCCCCGCAUGUGGGUCCCAGUGGAAGUUGCCGACCCAGGGUUGAGAGAGGGUUUUGUAGUCUUUACACCUCGCGUACAGCCACGUGUCCGAGCUUGCAAGACAUGAUUAGAGACGAGGUGGCGAGAAUCGUUGAGUUGUACGGUGAUGAGCCACUUAGCUUGACGAUCACAGGUCAUAGUCUCGGAGCUGCACUCGCGAUUCUCAGCGCGUAUGAUAUAACUACCACUUUCGCUGACGCACCAUCUGUAACGGUAUUCUCUUUCGGUGGGCCUCGCGUCGGGAAUAAAAGCUUGAGGUGCCAGCUGGACAAAAGUGGGACCAAGAUACUACGCAUUGUAAACUCCGAUGAUUUGGUUACGAAAGUGCCGGGCUUUGUCAUUGAAGAGGAUAAUGACGUGGCAAGAAUGUAUAGUUUCCACGUGGCAAGUUGGAUUCGAAAGCGCAUGAAAAGCACCGAGUGGGGCUAUGCCAACGUGGGGAAAGAGCUUAAGCUAUGUAGUAAAGAGUCGCCAUACUUGAACAACAUCAACUUUGCCACAUGUCAUGAUUUAAAGACGUACCUUCACUUGGUUAAAGGGUUUGUUAGUUCCACGUGUCCUUUUAAAGCAACUAAGGAAGUGUUAUCUACACGCCUUAUAAAUUAAAUUGAGAUGAUUGGCAUGUACAUAAAUUGUAAUAAUAAUAAUAAUUAAUCUCCAA